UACAGUUAACUGAAUUUUGUUUGUUUUCAGCUUCAAGAUGGUGCAGCGCCUGACUUACCGCCGUAGGUUGUCCUACAACACCGCCUCCAACAAAACCAGACUGCAAAUAAAGGAACGUGUUGCUUAUAAAAUUGCUCAACUGCCUUUAGCCCAGCUUUUUUUAGGUUGUGCUGCUGAAAGUGUCACUUUGCAAUUGCUUGUUCCUCCAUUGUUCUCAACAUCCAUAUCUGUGUUCUUACAGAUUCGCGCUGUUAGACCUCAAGUUUUGAUGAGGCUCUCCAAGACCAAGAAGCACGUUAGCAGGGCCUACGGAGGAUCCAUGUGCGCCAAGUGUGUGCGUGACAGGAUCAAGCGUGCUUUCCUGAUUGAGGAGCAGAAGAUCGUUGUCAAGGUGCUCAAGGCACAGGCACAGAGCCAGAAGUCAAAGUAAACUGUGUAUUUGUAUU